AUGCUGACAAUAAGUCAAGCUUUUGUAGUCUUGAUCAUUUUCCUGCUAAUUGUUAACUUUUUCAAACUGCAAAAGGCAUGCAAGCAAUUCCCUCCUGGACCAGCUCCUCUCCCAUUGCUUGGAAACAUGGUGCACCUGAACUUCCAGUUUCACCGGGAUCUUCUGAUGGAGCUGGCAAAAACUCAUGGCAACAUAUAUACUUUGUGGUUUGGGUGGACACCAGUGAUCAUACUGAAUGGCUAUCAAGCAGUUAAGGAUGGCAUGACUACACACCCUGAAGAUGUUUCUGGGCGGAUGUUGGCUCCUUUCUUCAGAGCACUGGCCAAAGGAAAAGGUAUUAUGCUGGCAAGUGGUCGCUCCUGGAAGCAGCAGAGACGCUUUGGUAUAAUGACUCUACGCAGAAUGGGAAUGGGGAAAAAAUGCCUGGAGCAUCGAGUGCAAGAGGAGGCCUCUCACCUGGUGGAGUUCUUUAUGAACCUAAAAGGAAGACCUGUGGAUCCUUCUUUCCCUCUUUUCCAUUCCAUUUCAAAUGUAAUUUGUGCUCUGGUUUUUGGAUAUCAUUUCUCUGAUGAGGACAAAACCUUCCAGGAACUGAUCAGUGCCACGGAGAAUUUAUUCAGGUUUGCAGGCAGCUUUGUUCAUCAGCUGUAUGAUCUCUUGCCCUGGCUGAUGAGCCGUCUCCCCGGCCCUCAUAAGAAAGCUCUGUCUUCCUACCAUGUCCUCAGCAACUUUGCAAGGAAGGAGGUCAGAAGGCACGUGGAGAGAGGGAUGUCAGAUGAACCACAGGAUUUCAUUGACUUUUACCUGGCUGAGAUGGAAAAACCUAAAGAUGGGGCCAAGCCCAAGUAUGAUGAAGACAAUUUGGUAUAUGUUAUAAAUGAUCUUUUCCUUGGUGGAUCAGAGACGUCAAGCACAACAUUGUACUGGGGACUGCUCUAUAUGGUCGUGAAUCCAGACAUCCAAGAGAAAGUGCAGAAGGAGCUGGAUGCUGUUUUGGGUCCUUCCCAGUUAAUUUUCUAUGAGGAUCGGAAGAAACUGCCCUACACAAACGCUGUGGUUCAUGAGAUCCAACGCUUCAGCAACAUUGUUUUUGUUGGCAUGCCCAGAGUGUGUGUCAGGGACACAACGUUGCUAGGAUUCCCUGUCAAAAAGGGUACCAUCAUUAUGCCAAACAUAGCAUCUGUCCUGUAUGAUCCUGGGCAAUGGGAAACACCUCGGCAGUUCAACCCUGGCCAUUUCCUGGAUAAAGAAGGAAACUUUAUACCUCGAGAGGCCUUCUUACCAUUCUCAGCAGGGCACCGUGUGUGUUUGGGGGAACAUCUCGCGAGGACCGAGCUCUUCAUUUUCUUUGCCAACCUGCUGCGAGCUUUCACCUUCCAGCUCCCUGAGGGGGUGACAAGGAUCAACACAGAGCCUAUUUUUGGGGGUACACUGCAGCCCCAUCCCUACAGGAUUUGUGCCAUGCCACACUAG